AUGGCGCCGUCCACGGUCUUCUCAUACUGGCGCCGCGACCACAGGCGCUCACUCAUAUCGCCCGCCUUACCAGCGGGCUCCCCAUCUUCCAAAGGGGCAGGGCCAAAUACUGGAAGCCCGAUCAGCACUCCUCCCCAGCUCCCGCAAAUUCGAGAUACCCCAACCUUCACUACGCCCUUCGAUCCCCCCUCGCAGGAUGCUCCUCCACCAAUCGAAUCGCCGUUGGACAUCGAUGCGUCCAAGCUAAACAUCACCUCAUCAGCCGCGCCGCUCUCUUCCUCCCUCACGCUUGCCGUUCCCUCUCCGUCAUACGAUAGCCAGAACCGUCCUCACUCAAGUCCUGGAGAAUGGGAAGGCGAAACAAUCACGUCACCGGCGAAUGAUUCCCAGGUCUCUGAUUCAGGUCUGCGCUCGGAUCAAGGGGAUGGGGAGUUGAGUACCAAAACCAGCUCUCCUUUCCGUCGGUCUUUUGGGAAGCAGAAACGAUCGCCUACUGCUGGUCCGGGCACCGGUCAUUUUCGGUUUAGAACGUCGCCUGACGACUCGCCUGCUGAUAAACAGACCAUGUCGCAGAAGGAAUUCAAACUGGAGAGCGCGACUGUUCGCCGUAUCGGAGAUAGAGAUGUAUCUGUGGAAAAUGCCAGUACGCAUCACAAGUCCGGCAAGGCGAUGCUACAUCUUUUGAAUCCCAUGUCUCUUCUUGCGCGUCGGCGCUCGUCGCAGAUCGUCAGUUCCAAGACCGAGGAACCGAAGCUUAACAAUCGCAAUGUGCCUGCCAUGCCGGAUGACUACGAUCCUCGAAUUCGGGGAAAUAUCGUUCAUGAUUUCUCCGCGCCGCGACCUCGCAGGAAUAUCUCUGCGCAGCAGGAUGGGCAGGAACCGUCGCCUUCUCAGAUUCCUAGUCAAUUCCAGGGUGGUCGUUGGAAUGAUCAGACGAAACGACACAGUGAUCAUUCGCCUGUGUUUAGAGAGCAUUUUGAAGAUCAGAAUGUAUUGCAAGUUGAGAACAAGGGCUAUCUUCAGUCUUCGCUAUUGACAAAUCAAUCUCAGCCUGGAUAUGAAAAGUCGUUACCGGCUUUCGCGAGGAAUUUGCCUUCUCAUUUGCCUGAAGAAGUCAAUGAACCUGUUGAGAAACAGCCUGAACAAGAAGAAGCACCAGAGUCUCCUCCAAGUCCUCCAAAGGCUGCUUCUCCCGAGGAAUCUCAAUGUAAAGGGACAGCUGAUGAGGAUACCAUUCCACAUGUCCCGUUCAACCCUUCAGGUCUACCAAGACAUCUUAAGAGCAAUGCUUCCCGCUUCAGCUUUGAUAUGAGUGGAGUAGAAUCCUCCGUGCAAGAGAAGCUGCUGGAAGAAAAACAUAAAGCAAAAGAGGCGGCUCGCAAAGUCGAAGAUGGAUACUUUGAUGACUUUGACGAUGACUUUGACAAUGAUAUGAUGGAUGACAUGGAUGGCCUAGAAGAAAAGAUUCCGGGUGUCAAUGUCGAUGCUGACGAUGACGAUUUCGAUGACUUAUCUCUUUCUCGCAAUAUCAAUGGAGAUCUCAAGUCUUGGACCAUUCCUGGGUUGUCGCCGGUUGUGGCUAGUCCGAUUACUCCUGCGCCGCCUGGUGUUUCGGAUAAUUCUGGGUAUAAUUCUGGCCAUUAUCAGGCUGGGUCGGCUGAUGCUCAGUAUCGGUAUACUUUACCUCAAUCCCAGGAGCAAUCGCUUCCGGUGUCUACCAGUGAAGUUCCGGCUCCGGACUCACAGACUAUGGCAGCCAGCAAUCAUACUUCGGAUCCCAAUACUCAACAGCCGCUGGGGCUUGACGAGGAUGACCUUUAUUUCGACGACGGCGAAUUUGGAGAUCUUAAUAAUCAUGACCAAGAUGACAGAUUCGAUGAAUCUAUAUUUGACGAUGAGACUAGUCACUUAUACGAGAGAAAGCCCGUGGUACCUCCAGCAGGCAAUCCUCAAAUUCCCGCUGCCAACAAUCCACUUCCGCCAAUUCUCGACGAGGAUGACAUGUAUUUCGACGAUGGCGAAUUUGGGGAUCUUAAUAUCAACGAUGAAAACGGAGAAUUCGAUGAAUCAAUAUUCGACGAUGUAACCAGCCAUCUAUACGAGCGAAAGCCGAAGGCACCGCCACCAGCGGAGACUACGGCACCAGGCGAUGACUCUUCCUCAGUCAAGGAAAGCAUCGAAACAGAAACUGGAGACCAUGAUCUCAGACAUAUGUCCAGUGUGGCCAGUGAUUACCAUAAAGGCUCAAUAAAACGUGGACCUCUCGGGGAGCCAAUACCAAAUCUGGGACCUGCGCGGGCUCAUGGUGGUGUGCUCACCGAGCAAAACUUGGACAUUCUGCAUAACGCAUUGGCCUUUGCGGCCAACGAAGCCGCACAGAACAGUCGUCUUGACCGAACCGUCAGCACGAGUGAAAGGUCCCAGGGUCAAGACAGUAUAGCCUACACAGCACAAACAGUAGACUCCCAGCCCGGCAUGGUCUCUGACGACAGCCGCCUCAGCCAGGGAGCCGAUCCCAUGGUCUUCGAAGACGUCCUCGACGACAAUCUAAUCUACGACGAUCUAAUCUACGACGACACAGACGACGCAUAUUUCGACGACGCAAUCGUGGCCGCAGCAAACGCAGAAGCCCUAGAAAACGACGACGACGGCUUCUAUGGCCAGGAAUUCGGCUUUUACGCACAAGCCGAUAGCACCUGCAAUUCGGAGCUGACGAACGGAGGCUACUUCGGCCCAAGACGCGUCGAAGGCGUAACCCGCAGUCACAGCAGCCGCGGCAAAUUCCAAGAACCUAGCCUCACACCCAUCACCGAACGAAGUGAAUGGAGUACCCGUAACUCCAUGAUCUCCCUCAAAGCCCAUGGAGCAACAUCAAACCCAUCCAUCGCGAGUCCCGGUCUGGCACAGCUAGUCGACAUGGGCAAUAUCGACGACGAGCUAUCCUUCAGCGCGCUCAUGAAACUGAGACGCGGUGCUUGGGGUGGGAGUAACGGUAGUCUGCGGAGCAGUGCCGGCAGUCCACCGCCACAGCAUCCGAUCUCGUCCUCGAAUCGGGCCAGUUUCACCGGUGCCUCUGAAGCCAGUCCGAUCCCGUUCAGUCCUGAUGAGGGACCGCCUGGUGUUGUUGGGUCUUUCCAUGACGAUGGUCAGAUCCGAACUGCUUCUCCGUUGGCUGGUCUCCCUGUCGAUGAGGCGGACGAAGCUUCAAUCAGCAGUGCUGGUGCCCUGCGUCUUAAUGUUCUGUGA